AUGUCGCUCGUGUCCGGCGAGAAGACCAACUUCCAAUACAUCUUGCGUCUGCUCAACACCAAUGUUGACGGCAAGCAGAAGAUCAUGUACGCGCUGACCCAGAUCAAGGGUGUCGGUCGCCGUUACUCCAACCUGGUCUGCAAGAAGGCCGAUGUCGACCUCAGCAAGCGUGCUGGUGAGCUUACCACCGAAGAGCUUGAGCGUAUCGUCACCAUCCUUCAGACCCCGACCCAGUACAAGAUUCCCGCCUGGUUCCUCAACAGACAGCGCGACAUCACCGAUGGCAAGGACUCGCAGGUUGUUUCCAACCAGCUUGACAGCAAGCUCCGUGAGGACCUUGAGCGCCUGAAGAAGAUCCGCUCCCACCGUGGUCUCCGUCACUAUUGGGGCCUGCGUGUCCGUGGCCAGCACACCAAGACCACUGGUCGCCGCGGCCGCACCGUCGGUGUCAGCAAGAAGAAGGGCUAA